AUGGAACGCACGUUAAGCUUUUCGAAGGCCCGCCGCGGGUUCCGUAAAAAAUCUGCCGUUGGGCACUCGACUGCGCUCGAGGAGGGCCGCAAGAGCCUCACGGAGCACCCAAACCCGGACCGUGACCGCGACCCCCCCGGUUCCAGCCAAGCCCGCAAUUCUCUGUGUGACUCGGCCCACCGAUCGAGCGCCCCUGGUGCCAGGACGCCGAAGAGGGUGAGACUUGCUGCUGGAGGCUCUCGAGAUGACACACCAGGAGAUGCUGUCCUCGAGGCUCGUGAGACGGGCCCAAAUUCUUCAGGUUCGGUAGUCACCGCAAGUAUCAGAAGUUCCAGCCAGCGUCAUGUUCGCGGACAUGGACAUCCUCCCGGUCAGUCUUACGAGGCCCCGAGCCUCGGAAGCAUCACAGCACAUCUUGCUGCCAUACCGAACAGCAUCAUUCUCAAGACGCUCAACAUCUUCAGCUGCAAGUAUCCCGAGCUCGCAGUCCUUCAUCCUACCGUCUUCAUGCGCGAUCUGGUCGAUCCGAGGUCCCAGAAAGAGAGUCAAGUCCUCCUAGCCGCCGCCCUUGCCGUCACAAGAGACCAGUUGCGUGACCAUGAAGACCGCAUCUUGCUGUCGCGCGAUGCCUAUGCCUCCUAUGCGAAAGAGCAUCUCUCCGAAUUCAUCUUGCAGCCGCCAAAGGUGCAAGUCGUCCAGACGCUUCUGAUCAUCACGCUUCACGAAUGGGGCUCACGCGACUUUCACCGGGCAUGGAUCUACUGUGGCAUCGCCAUCCGCAUCAUGCAGGCCCUACAUUCGGCCCGCGUGGCCCCCUACCCCCUUGAUAUACCUUCACCCGCACCCAAUGACCCCUUGACCCUUGCCGUCGAGUCCCGUACCUACUGGGCUUGCUUCAUCAUGGACUGCACCGUCAAUGCGGGCACCUACAACCCUCGCAUGCUUCCCCGCACCGAGAUGCGCAAGCUCCGCGUCGGUCGUCCCCUGUCUGCCGUCGAGUUCGCCUUUGGUCCGGCCGCACCACCCGCUGCAGCCGAGCCCAGCGUCUCCGGCCCGCUCGACAUCACGCAGAGCUUCGAGAUCAUGGUCGGCGGCUUCGACGUAUGGGCUCAAGUCAUGGCCUUUGUUUUCAACGACGGCCGUAGGGCCGAGGGCAUGUGUCGCGCCGAGAACUGUCCAUGGGUCGAGGGCACCGUCUGGGCUGAGCUGAGGAGGAGCCUGGAGGAGUGGAGGGCCGGUCAGCAUCGGAGGCUGCUGUAUCCUGAGAACAGCGCGGCUGUGCACAUUUCUCUGGGAUAUGGCGAAUCGUUCACGUACUUGAACCUUCUCUACUAUGUGAGCACUCUCAUGCUUCACCGAGAAUACUUUCCCCUGUUGCCGGAGCAAGACCAGAUCCCCCGGGGCCCGGUAGAUCCGUGUCUCCAGGCUGAAGCGCCCGCGGGAUGGUGGGACGAGUCGGCCCGUGAGUUUUUCGGUGCUGCCGAAAAGAUCGCGCGGCUGCUGCAUGAGACUGCCGAGUGCGGUGGCCUACUCAUGACACCCUUUGUCGGCUUUUGCGCCUUCACAGCGUGUUGCAUGAAUCUUUACGUCUCCUUCUUUCCUCGGAUGAACCUGGGGAGAAGCCCCGAUGCCGCAAAGCUCAUGAACUGGACUCUUGACUAUCUGAAGGAGUUUCAGUCGGUUUGGAAGCUGGGUUCUGGAUGGAUCAAAACGAUACAAAACACGUCCCUUCUCUACGAGCGUGCGGCAGCAAAUCGUUCCCGUUACCGAGGCAAGUCGCGGAGCGACUUCAACCAUCUCCACCAGUCCCUCCAUGAAUUCCGCAACGUCGACCGUUCAGACCAGCAUUUGCAGGAGAUCAACAGCGCCGAGACGCCGACGGAGCCCUUGCCAACGCCGACCAAUCCACCAACGACGUCGACUACUGCCGGGGACGAGCAGCCACCCGCCGAUGCGAGCGCGCUGCUGGGACAGAUGUUGGCAGAGGCGAGUAGCGGUAGCGACGAGCAAGUCGUCUGGCCGAACUGGUGGUCUAUGCUAGAGGACGUAGACAUGACUGGCUCUUUUGGCGGAGUCAUGAACGCCUGA